AUGACUGGGUUGUGGGGAAAAGAAGCAGAGGAGUACGUGGUGGGCAUGCAAGGGAAGCUGCACAAAUCGUGGACUAGACAGCGAUUUCAUGUGAGGGACAACGUACCGCCUGCGAGGAUCGCAUCAGCUUUUCCCCGCACUCAGCUCUCUUCUCGCUUUACUUUUCCCCUCCGCAUCCUCCUCCCCAGCAAUGGAACUCCACCUUCCGGAAAACGACUUCCGCCGCUCCCAUCUUCUUCUUCUUCUUCCUCGCCCAUGGACUCCGCGAGCAAGGACUACUGCCACCGCCACCGCCACCGCCACUGCCGAGGCGGCGCCACGCUCCUCCUCCGCCGCUGCGCCCUCCUCACCGUCGCGGCGCUCCUCGCCCUCGCCCUCGUCCUCGUCGUCCUCGCCCUCACCGUAUUCCGGCCCCGCCACGCCGUCACCACCGUCGACUACGUGCGCCUCGCGGGGCUCCGCAUCGCGCUCGACGUGCCCGACCUCGGCGUCGACCUCAACCUAACCCUAGACCUCGCAAUCACGGCCUACAACCCGAACCGCGUCGGGUUCCGGUACGGCGAGGGCGACGCCGAGCUCUACUACCGGGGCGCGCUCGUGGGCGCGGCGUCGAUCCCGGCCGGGGAGGUGGCGCCGCGCGGGAAGGUGCGCACGGACGUGGAGCUCACGCUGCUCGCGGGGCGACUCGCCGGGGACGCGGCGCUCUACGCGGACGUGGUCGCCGGGGAGGUGCCCUUCGCCACGGAGACGACGAUCCCCGGGAGGGUCACCGUGCUCGGGGUGCUCAAGCACCACAUGGUGACGUACACCGCGUGCGACAUCACCGUGUCCGUGCGGAAUCGGACGGUGGAGAACUCCAAUUGCAGGUACAGGACCAAAUUCUGAUCCUAGCUUAUUUGGGGUACAAUACUGUAUACGAAAUUUACAUAAAUAAAUAUAGAGAGAGAGAGAGAGAUGAGAUGUUUGAUGGAAUUCCCGCCUGUACCGUUUACAUGAUUUAUGGAGCUUCAUGGAACUCGAACUUGAAAAUCUCGACUCUCGAGUAAGUAGAACAAUAUAAUUUUUUUUAAAAAAAAUCUUAACUGAAAUAAGUUAGCUAUAGCUGUUAUCUUCUUUAUAUUCUUUAUGUUAAUCAUAUGGAGAGUGGAAUAGUUUAUCGCAAA